GACUCUAAGAUUGCAACAGAGGAUGUCUUGACCGUACAAGAUUGGCAAACCUUGGUAGAGCUGCGGAAUAUCCUUUCCAAUUUUGCCGCUCUCACCAAAAAGUUCGAAGGCAACGAUCCAACCUUCCCUACGGUCAUCGCUACGGUCUUUGCGCUGAGGGAGAAUCUGAAAAAGGAGAUGGCGCGAUACCACGAUAAUCUGGGAGCAAUUGUCUUCGAUGGCCCGGACAUUUCGCGUCACGAGCUCCCGCUGAACCAACCAAGUGUACUAGAGCCGCUGGUCCCAGCCACUCCGCAGGAACGACCUCAACGUCAGGCAGGUGUUCCACAGCGGUUCAAAGACUGCGAGAUCGAUUUACCUAAGAGGCGAGCUAUCACGCAACAGCUGCAAGACCAAGCCACCCCCAAGGAUGCAAUACACGCAGUGGUAGACUCAGAGGCUCCCGACGUUGACGUUAGAUUCAUCCGCACCGGUAUUCAGUUCGCUAUCGCCAAGUUGGACGAAUAUUACGAGAUGUUGCGGCAAGCGCCAGUCUACUGGUAUGCGAUGAUCCUGCAGCCCGGCGAUAUAACGAGGUGGAUCGAGAGGAACCUUGACGAAGAAGAGAGCUCCUGCAUCAUUUCCUCCUUCAAACAGUUCUUCAUCCAGGAAUAC